AAGUAAACACAAAACAUAAACGGAAGCGCCCUAACUAAGCAAAGCUAAAUCGCCUUGUCGCUAGCCGCUCAACCGCUUCCCUGCGCGGCAGCCCGAUCAAGCAAAGCAAAGCAAAGCAGGAAGAGAGCGAGGGUUUUUCGUCGAAUCUCACUGCCCCGCCGCCUUGUUCAUCGUCUUCCAAGGGGCGCCAUCUGUGGCUUGAGGCGUUCCUCGCCGACUUCGAUCGCUCUUUGGGAUCAUCCUGUUUGUGGCAUCUUCCUGGAUCUCCGAUUGCAUCUGAGUUAUUUGUUUGGGUCGUUUGAUGGAUUUCGAGCAACCGGAUCGGUACGGAAACAGGAGGGCCUACCAGCGGGCAGGGCCGUCUCAGGUUCCAGACAGAAGCAACAAGGUAUGCUUCCACUGGCAGGCGGGGCGAUGCAGCCGUCACCCGUGUCCCUUUCUCCAUAGCGACCCGCCGCAGACCGUGCUCGCCGAUGGCGCUGCCAAGCGGGGGCACUUGCACGGCCACGUGUCUAGAAAUCCUGCCUCCGCGGGCGCGCCGCCCUCCAAGUGGGGCAAGGGUCGAGCGGGUGGCAAGGCUCCCGACAAGAUCUGCAAUUACUUCCUCGCUGGAAAUUGUAGUUUCGGAGAUAGGUGCAGGUUCCUGCAUUCGUGGUUCAUGAGCGAUAGCUUCUCUCUCUUGACCCAACUCCAGGGGCAUCAAAAGGUAGUGACUGGUAUCGCUCUGCCUUCAGGGUCUGAUAAACUCUACUCUUGUAGCAAGGAUGAGUCUGUUCGUGUUUGGGAUACUCAAACUGGGAAGUGCGUUGGAGCCAUCAAUAUGGGAGGUGAGGUUGGAUGUAUGAUCAGUGAAGGUCCUUGGUUAUUUAUUGGAGUUGCGAAUGCUGUCAAGGCAUGGAACACACAAACAACAACAGAACAAAGCCUUGAUGGCCCUGUCGGACAAGUUUAUGCUUUGACCGUUGGUAAUGGUAUGCUAUUUGCUGGAACACAGGAUGCACGAAUAUUGGUGUGGAAAUUUAGUGCUGCUGGGAAUGUCUUUGAACCAGCUACUUCUCUUUCUGAUCAUCGGCAUGCAGUAGUUUCUCUAGUUGCAGGGGCCAUGAAGCUUUACUCAGGUUCUAUGGAUAAUACAAUAAAAGUGUGGGAUCUGGCAACAUUCCAAUGCCUUCAGACCCUCAGUGGCCACACAUCUGUUGUUAUGUCAGUGCUUUGUUGGGAUAAGUUUUUACUAUCUUCUUCUUUGGACAAUACAAUCAAGGUUUGGGUUUUGACAGAUGCUGGGAAUCUGGAAGUAGCAUACACUCACGAGGAGGAACAUGGUGUACUUGCCCUAUGUGGCAUGCUUGAUGCUGAAGCCAAACCUGUCAUAUUAUGUUCUUGCAACGACAAUAGCAUACGGGUUUAUGACCUGCCUUCGUUCGGCGAGCGGGGUAGGAUAUUUUCAAAACAAGAGAUGAGAGCGAUACAAGUUGGACCUGGUGGUUUGUUUUUCACUGGAGAUGGAACGGGCGAGCUGAAGGUAUGGCAAUGGUCAUCAAAACAAAAUAACUGAUUGCUGUUCUAGGUCAUAGUUCCUUUGUAAUAUGUAAACCAUUUAUCGAGUCUAAGAAGUCAGCUGCCAAUUUUGAUGUUGUCAUUUAUUUGGUUUGAAAGAGGAUGUGAAUGCGGGUCAUUCGUUUGCUGAUUAUUGAUCAUCACCAGCCGGUUAUAGAAUCAUAAUCGUGCAAGUUGCACCUGAUUUAGUCUUUAUAAUAAAAUUGUGGAUCUGGAUUUAGCUGAGGAAGUUAGUUAAUGUUUCAAACA